CGCUGGUUCGGGACCCGCCUCCGGCGCUCCUUGUUUCCGGGCCCUGAGCAAGUGGCUUCAUGAACCCCGUGACGUUAGUCGUGGAGAUAAGACCACUGGGUGAUGGUUUAAGGAAGAUAAUGUGCAAAGGGCUAAGGACUGUCAGUGGAAAUCAAGGGUGCAGGAGAAAUAGAUAAACAACCAAAGGUCAACUCGGACUUUGUACAUAGGACAUGGUGCCAGGGCCCUGCCGGGAAGUGCAGAUCGAAGCUGGGCUCACGAGAAAGCUGGGGGUGGGAUGUAGGGCUGGCCCAGGGUUGGAGUUAGGGAGGCAAGGGAUGGACAUGGACUUCCUGGGCCGGGCUCUGUGACUGCACAGUAGACUCUGUCCUGGGACUUGGUGGUGCUACCCUUGGCCUCCCACAGUCCUGCCAUCCUGCUGCCGCCACCAUGCUGCCCCCUGGGACUGCGAUCCUCUUGACCCUGCUUCUGGCAGCUGGCUCACUGGGCCAGAGGCCUCAGAGGCCACCCCGGCCCCCAUCCCCCAUCAGCACAAUCCAGCCCAAGGCCAAUUUUGAUGCUCAGCAGUUUGCAGGGACCUGGCUCCUUGUGGCUGUGGGCUCUGCCUGCCAUUUCCUGCAGGAGCAGGGCCACCGGGCUGAGGCCACCACACUGCACGUGGCUCCCCAGGGCAAAGCCAUGGCUGUCAGCACUUUCCGAAAGCUGGAUGGGAUCUGCUGGCAGGUGCGCCAGCUCUAUGGAGACACAGGGGUCCUCGGCCGCUUCCUGCUUCAAGCCCGAGGCGCCCGAGGGGCUGUGCAUGUGGUUGUCGCUGAGACCGACUACCAGAGUUUCGCUGUCCUGUACCUGGAGCGGGCGGGGCAGCUGUCAGUAAAGCUCUACGCCCGCUCACUCCCUGUGAGCGACUCGGUCCUGAGUGGGUUUGAGCAGCGGGUCCAGGAGGCCCACCUGACUGAGGACCAGAUCUUCUACUUCCCCAAGUAUGGCUUCUGCGAGGCUGCAGACCAGUUCCACGUCCUGGACGAAGUGAGGAGGUGAGGCUGGCGCGCAGCUCCACUGCUGAGAAGUCAGUGCCCUGAGAGAUGACCCCGCCGGUGGGGUGCCUGCUGCCCAUCCUCCGUGAGCCCCCAGCCUCAGAUCAGGGCCCUGCCACUUUGGGCAGGGGAUAUUCUGCCGGCUGCCGCAGAGGACAGUGGGUGGAGAGGUACCUUCUUAUUAAAUGUCUCAGACCCCU